AUGGCGGCAUGUCGUCUGCUGUGCAGAUCCGUUUGCAACAUCAAGAAAACGAGUUUCGUCCUGCAAAGCCAGUUGAAUCACACAAUACGGUCUGCCCGUUGCAUUCAGCGCUCAUCUAGGGACAGCACUGAGGCGUUUGACGACAGCGGCGUUUAUUCGCAGACGUCUCUGCUCGAAAAGUAUUUGAGUGCCAAGCAAGCGUGCGAGGCUCUGCCAACGCCGGAAGUGAACCCAUUCGGCGUAUUCGCGAAUAAUGAACUGGACAUAUCGCAGAUCGAGGUGUACGGCUUCGACUAUGAUUACACACUGGCCGUGUACACUGAGAAACUGCACUACCUCAUUUAUGACCUUGGCAGGGAUUGGCUGAUAAACAAGUUCAAGUAUCCAAAAGACAUUGCACAACUGGAAUACAGGCCAGGAUUUGCAAUUCGAGGCCUCCAAUAUGACAUGAAAAAGGGCAUACUUAUGAAGAUGGAUCUCUUUCAUCAGAUACAGUUCUGCAGCGUUUACAGGGGCCUUACACCACUAAGCAAAGAGGAAGUAAUCAAUACCUAUGGUGGAUCAUACAUUCCCCAGUACAUGAUAAGAGGCAAUGCUGAACAGGGAGCACGAAUGAAGCAGCUCAACGACCUCUUUUCUGUGCCCGAAAUCUGCCUCCUGUCGAAUGUUACCGAGUAUUUCGAGCGGCACAACAUUGCCUACAAUCCAGAGAUUCUCUUCUUCGAUAUUCAGAAUGCCAUUUCAAGCAUUCAUCCAGUGAUUCACAACACCCUCAAUGAGAGCAACAUCAGUGACUACUUAGAGAAGCGAAGUGAACUGGUGACGUUCCUAGAGCGAUUAAAAUCAGCUGAUAAGCAGAUGUUCCUGGUUACCAACAGUCCAUUCAAAUUCGUGGAUGUUGGCAUGCGAUACAUGAUUGGUCCUGAAUGGCAGGAUCUCUUCGAUGUAGUCAUCGUCCAGGCGAGAAAGCCAAAGUUUUUCACCGAUCAACACAGACCGUUUCGUGUGUAUGACCCUGAAACGAAGAGUCAGCUCUGGGAGCGCGUCACCAAACUGGAGAAGAACAAAGUCUACAUUGAGGGCACAGUCACUCAGCUGCAGGCCAUGACUGGUUGGUGUGGCAACAGUGUGCUGUACUUUGGGGACCAGAUUUACAGCGACCUCGCUGACCUGACGCUCAAUUAUGGUUGGAGAACAGGAGCCAUCAUAUGGGAGCUGGCAAACGAAAUUAAAAUCUUGAACUCUGAAGAAUUUAGACACACUGUCAGCUGGCUUCAGUCUCUGCAGCACUUGAUUGAAGAGAUGCAGGACCAUGAGGACAUUGAGGACUUCAUCGAACAACUCCUGCAGGAGCGUGAUCAGCUAAGGAAAACCACCAAGUCUCUCUUCAAUGCCAACUUCGGGAGCAUUUUCCGCACGCAUCACAACCCAACCUACUUCUCCCGACGUCUAUUCCGCUACUCGGACAUCUACAUGUCACAUGUCACCAACCUGCUCAACUACUCCUUGCGGCACACCUUCUACCCGCGUCGUGGAGCACUCCCCCAUGAGUGCCACACACCCCACAGCUAAGUUCCUUGUCUUAUUUGUGUCGUGUGGUGCAGCAGUGUCUAGCUCAGUUCACUCAACACUGGCUGCAUUUUCAUUGGGGACUCCCUUGCAUUCAACACAGUUAAUUCUGUGCAGUUUACUUCUCUUUACUCUGAUGGGCAGAACAUCAAGGCCAAAUUAUAGAGCAGGUGAAGCUUUCUGACCUGUAGAAUCAAAGUAUGUAAAUGUACAAAGCAAGGAUUGCAUAUAAACAAAGCGAACAUGCCUUAACUUUGUGGCAGUAGUUGAACGAAGGAAGUGUAUUCAUUAGGUAAAAAAGAGAGGGAUGUAGCAGACGUGCACAAAAACAAUGCUCGUGAGGAUAUCGCUCAUGUUAGUGCUGUGGCAGAAAAGGUAAAAGAUUCAAGAAAAGAAGUGCUCCGCUUUUGGUGAUUUCCAGUAGCACUGUGGCUUUUGUAUGUGAUUUUCUUGCAUACACAUUGUAUGUUAAUCAAUAAGAUAGCACAUCAUCAUUAUAAGAAGUGCAUUUUCAUCCUCAGAGAAUAGCUGUGCUGCUGUCGCCAGUUAUGGCCUCAAUAUGUUGUGUUAUCUGGUUCUUGGGAGAACCGAAAUAACAACUGUUGCUGACUUUAUUAGCAUGGAAAUUAUCGAUGGUUAGACUGUAAGGAAAAUUGUAUUUAGCUUUUUCUCAAGUGGAGUGUCAUGCUAAUCAUAAAGGAACAUAGCAUUGCCAAUGAUGUCUGUUUUUCUGGCAGUUAAAUGUAAAUAGGAGGCUCCCUUAGUAUGUGUGUGAGACAGGCUUUGCUACAAAAUUGUCGCCUUGGCAUGCUGUAUCUUUAAAGCAAGAUGUACAAAAGUUAAAGCCGUGUUGAUUUUGCAAGAUCACUCGUAGAACAGCCUGUUCUAGUCUCUUGUUAUUGUGAGCUUGGUGCCACGCAUAGUGCCAUAUGUUAGACCUUUCACAAGAGUCUUCAAGUUUAUUACUGAUAUAACACAGCCAUAGUACAAUUUUAAUGUAGUUCUAGUGUGUUAUUAACUUCCUGUUGGGUUAUCAGCGGGCCGAGAGGCAGUGUCAAAGGCAGCUGGUAUGUAGCCUGCUCGAGAGAAUCGCAGUGUUGGUGAAACUGCGGAUUUUGUUCUUCUCGAUGUUUGCGAUAUUAUUUGUGCGGUCGAUGUUGCAUGAUCACGUAAUGCUUACCUAAACAAGGCACUCGGGGAAGUUUUAAGGUGAAAGAUAAGAGAACAUUUUGCAACUAUAGCAUAAUACUUGCUCCUAUUGUGAAGCAUGCUUUAAUUAGCAAUACAGAAAACCAAUCGAAUGCUCCUUAUGCCAUUCAGCAACAGUACCCUUACAGCCAGCACCGAAGAACGGACCGCCACUGCUGUCGUGAUAGUACUUUGUACACGUGAUCGCUUCUUCUCCUCGUUCGAUUGACGGCUCUCUAGCCAGCCUGGUUAUGUUAUCUUAAGCUAGGUAGCGUCAUGAAACCACCCAAAACGACGUCAACUAGCGAGAUAGUGUCGUUUUGUUGCAAGUACAAAACUAGACGCACCCGUAAACUCUCAGAACGCAGGAUUGUGAAUGCACUGACCACACAGUCAUUACGUAUAUACCGUUCAAUUAUUCAAGAAGGUGGUCGUUAAGGGACCGUUUUUCAUGGCGCCGUCACGUGGUGAUAACUUUCCUUGUAUGCGAUGUCGUUACCAUUCGUGUGCGAUUGAUUAAAAGGAAGUUUUGUUUUUGACAAGGAAAUAGUGUAGGCCUGAUGUUCUCCCAAUUGCACGAUAAACGUGAGCUACCACGGCGGCUAUCCCCACAGCCACUUUAUUGGGUAUAUAUGUGAAUUCAAACGUAGGACGCCAUCUGUAGCCAUGGCGGCGAGUGUGGUACACUCUUCAUGAGCCUGUGUGGCGUCACAUAGCACGUGAAUUGGGCGACUAUAGCAUAAUACUUGUUCCUAUUGUGAAGCAUGCUUUAAUUAACAAUACAGAAAAACAAUCGAAUGAUCCUUAUGCGAUUCGGGUGCCCUGAUCACUUUAUUUCUCCUUUUCUGUCCAUUUAUUGCACUAACAUCAUGAUUCUUAUAUACUUUGAUCGUGUUGUCGAAUGGUGGAGAACAGGCUCAGGGAUCAGGAGUGAAUCACCCGUGGAGGAAUAGUAUUACUUCAAUCGUGAUUCUUUAUUUGCUUGAUAGAUGUGUUUGUUGCUUACUUUGCCAAUGGUUGUGUGCAUUGUCUUCUGUGAGCUCAAGCAAGUGCAUUACAAUGUCUUGCUCUGUUUUAUCGCUCAUGCUCUUAGCACGAUGCAUGUCCAUUGAAUUAGCCAUUCAUAGCCGUUACGGAAGGCAGGUUGUGGCGAAUACUCUUAAUGGUGAAAUGUUCAAAGGCCUACACCAUUGUUACCAGUUCAUGCCUUUUUUCAGCACUGUCAGCAGAGAUGGGUAAAUUGAGGUAAGCAGAUGCUACCAGUGGAGGUGAAUUUAAUGCACUGGUGAGUAAAUGCACGGUGAGUGAACAUGCACUGAUUAGAUGAGAAAGAAAAAAUAUAUGACCGAGGGUGUGUCUACGUCUUGUGACGCAUGAACUUGCUGCUUGCAGAAAUAUUUUACCAAUUCUUCUUCAGUUCAUCAUGGUAAAGCUGUUUAGAGUUUUUGUGCCAUUGAAUGGAAAAGACAAAUGCGGUUCAGUGCAUAUGAGCUGCAGUCUUUUCGUUUUGUUGUAAUUAGAUGUGAAUGCUAUUUCUUAAAGCUAAGAGAUAAGGUUAAUAUGGCUUUCAAAUUAUAUGUUCGCCCUUUUUUUGUAAUUUUUAUGAACCUAUAUUGUAUUGUGCAUGCUUAUUGUACAGCUUUUUUAGGGUAAGUUUUUUUUGGUUUGUUGUUGUUGCAUAUAUAUACAUAGCAUUUUUGCAAGUACAUUUCUACGAAUAUAAUCUCGUUCAUUUUUUUUCCUUUUGUUUGAGAAGCUGCCGAGUUUCAUUGUUAUUUUUUCUUUCUUUUUCUUUUUUUUACUGCUUUUUCACUGUAAAACUGGCAGUCUUUCUUUACUAAAACAACUACAAGAAGCUGCUUUGCUAUAAUGCUGUAAAAUGUAGAGUAGAACAGGUAAUUUUGUAGCCAUGUAGCAGUUUGGCACCUUCAUUCAGGGUGAUUGCUUACACAUCUUGCUUUGCUUGCUGCUCGAACUGUUUUAGCAGUUUGUUUUUUGUCCUUGCACAUUAUUUCGCCCUUUUGAUCUCCUUUUGGAGUGGAGGCACAAGUUUAGCUUUGCUUUUGCUAGUUGCAUCGGCAGCUGAGUUAGUAUGGUUGUCCAAACUAAUAAUUCAUUGUGCUAGACUUCAGUGAUGCUGUAAAGAGUUUAGUAUAAGAAGGAAAAGGCAACAUAGCCGGUGAAGGUGUGUUUUUGCACAUUACCUGCUGCAGCACAUGCACUGUUCCGGUCUGUGGCCUGUUCCUUCUUGUUGCCGCGGUGUAUCGACUUUUGCCAAGUGCUGGGGUAUGCAAGCACUGCAGGGCUUUCACUGUACAGACUUGGUUCAGUUCUGCAUAUGUUGAAAUCUAUGUUUUUGGUGCAUGUUUUUGUGUACUGCCUUGUGCCCGAUGACAUAUACUGGACCUUUAGGUAACUCAUCAGUCGUAUAAGAUUAUUAUUGUAGUCCCAGUGGGCACAUUGUGCAGCAUAGUAUUUGUGCUAUCAACUUACAUAAAACGGUAUUUCUAGCUGAAGAGAUUGCACGAUCUCUUUGAGCGUAGUUACUUGGAGGGGCUGCUUCGACUAGAUAAAGGUGAUACAGUUAAAGGUGAUACAGUUCAGAUAAGGAGCACUGCACCACAAGGGAGAUUCAGCAUUCUUUAUGCCGGUAAAUUAAUUAUUGCAUUGCCGGCUAUUAUGUUUGUUGGCUUGGUUUAUCGUCGGAAUAUAUGCUGCAUCAUUUGGCUUCAUUCUGGUGCAGUUAACUCAUGUACUGUGGUUAACCUUAUAAGUAUUUGUGCAUAGUCAACAUUGUAUACCUGGUGCUGUUUGUUUUGUUCGUUAAAAUCACCUUUUUUUGUGCCACUCGUUUCCUUGAGCUUAUUGACAUUAAUUUUGGUAGUGACACGUCGAUUUGUUGCAGAAAUUCUUUUUUUUGUGAGCAAUGAAAUGUUACGGUUCUGUGAAAUAAAAUUUCUAUCUCGUAUCUAUGAGCAAAAAAAGUUUAUAUAUUUUCUGGUUGAUACUGUGUCAUUAAGGUUUAUCUUGUUCCCAUUGUGCUGGUAUAGACAUACUUUCCUUAAGGUAUGUAGACGUACAGAAAGUUUUCCGAGGUAUCCUGUUAGAUGACUUAGUGUGCCUAGCGAGCGAAUGUGCCUAUCUAAUAUGUUCAUUGUCUCGAUGUAGCUUCCUGAUGAAAGUGAUGUUUUGCAAGUAAUUGUGAAUAAACAGUGGUUAAUACUGUGA